AACUCACAAAGUCAAUGGCGUUGAAUAUUUUCCUAACCUUGCAACGAGUGUUCUGUGGGAAUGUUGUGUCAAUUUUUUAACUCUUCGAGGCUCCUACAAAAUAAAAAACACUAAUACCCUCGAAAGAAAAGGAUAGUGAACCUCAGUGAAGUGAUAAUCACGACUACAGUCACCAAUUUUCGAUCCUAAUUGUCUUUUAUUUGGGUUCUGCUCAGGUUCUUACCCUCGGUUUUCUAGAAAAUUUAUACCCAGACUGUUCUCAGUUCUGUCGCCAGUUGAGUUUGUGACCGAAGACGCGAUAUCGGGUGAGAAACCCUAACCCAUAAUGAUGUCAUUGAAUGUUUGACAGAGAAAUUCGUUUUACUCGUUCAGUGUUUUAUAAUUAAUUACGUAGUGUAAUCGUUUUCGUUGAAUGGUCAUCCACCAUUCAGACAAAUUUCGAGUGUUUUGUUAGUAGUCUAGGUGCAUAAUUAAACAUACCAAAAUGUGGUCAUCACAGGGUGGUAAUAACAAUACAAUCACAACAAAUACACCAGCGUCUCAAAAUUUACGGACAUUGGGUAUGACAUCGGCAAUAAGUGUUGCUGAGCCUAAACCAAGUGAUAUAACGAGAACAAAUGAGCUCAGAGAGGUGUUGAAGCCGUACAAUGUGUUCGAAUCCGAGGAGGAGCUGAAUCACAGAAUGGAAAUACUUAGUAAAUUGAAUGCCCUGGUGAAACAGUGGAUCAAGGAUACGUCUAUCGCUAGGAAUAUGCCACCCAAUGUUGCUGAGAAUGUUGGUGGAAAAAUUUACACCUUUGGAUCCUACAGAUUGGGAGUCCAUCACAAAGGAGCUGAUAUCGAUGCAUUAUGUGUUGUGCCCAGACAUAUAUUUAGAACAGACUAUUUCGGCUCCUUUUUUGAAUUACUUAGGAAGCAGCCUGAGGUCACCGACUUGAGGGCAGUGGAAGAAGCCUUUGUACCGGUCAUCAAGAUGAAUUUCGAUGGCAUUGAAAUUGAUAUGUUAUUUGCCAAACUGGCACUGAAGGAAAUUCCUGAUUCAAUGGAUUUGCAAGACGAUAUGUUGUUGAAGAAUCUGGACCAGAAGUGUGUGAGGAGUCUUAAUGGAUGUCGAGUCACCGAUGAAAUACUACGACUUGUUCCUAACAUAGAGAAUUUCAGACUUGCACUGAGAGCUAUCAAAUUAUGGGCAAAACGUCACGGAAUUUACAGCAAUGUUUUGGGUUAUCUCGGUGGUGUAUCGUGGGCGAUGCUUGUUGCGAGGACGUGUCAAUUGUAUCCAAAUGCAGUUGCUGCAACAUUAAUUGAGAAGUUUUUCCUCGUAUUUUCACAGUGGAAAUGGCCCCAACCAGUUUUGCUAAAGCAGCCCGAUAAUGUUAAUCUAGGUUUUCCAGUUUGGGAUCCAAGGGUGAACGUAUCGGAUCGGUAUCAUGUAAUGCCGAUAAUAACUCCAGCAUAUCCACAACAAAAUUCGACAUUCAACGUAUCAAUAUCAACGAAGACGAUAAUGCAGGAGGCUUUUGAACACGGUUUAUUAUUGACUGAAGAGAUCAUCAUGGGUAAAGCCACGUGGGACAAGUUAUUCGAACCUCCAAACUUCUUUUGUAAAUAUAAACAUUAUAUUGUGUUGCUGGCCAGCAGCUCGUCCCCAGAAGAACAGCUGGAGUGGUGCGGUCUCGUCGAGUCGAAAAUACGACAUUUAAUAGUGACAUUGGAGAGGAAUGCACACAUCAAACUUGCCCAUGUAAAUCCCGAAGGGCACACUCCAAUCAACCCUGAACAAGGACGUUACUGCUCGAUGUGGUUCAUCGGUCUGUCAUUUAACAAGAGUGAAAAUAUUAAUAUUGACUUGACCUACGACAUCAAAACAUUCGUGGAGACAAUUGAAAGACAAGCUGAACAAAUUAGCAUGCUGAAGGAGGGCAUGUGGAUUGAGGCAAAACAUGUGAAGAGGAAGGAUUUGCAUCUCUAUGUAUCACCCAAAUUACUUAAGCGUGAGAGAAAGGUUUCCGGAGGUGGACAUCGUAAUGGAAGCGUAGCAGCUGGAGAAAAGACAGGUAGCCUUGCUCCAAAGAGUCAGACGGAGAGCAUAGGCACAAAACGUCUCUCAGAUCAGAGUAUCGACUCUGGUGGAAAGAAACGGAAGAUACAGGAGAACGAACCAUCGAUCAAACAGACAGAGAACGGUACUUUCCCAGGCGAGCCUUGUGGGGAAGACAGUAACUCUGGAUUUAGCCUUGAUGAAUACAAACAGAAUUUGGCACCAAGCAAGGAUGAUAAAUUAAUGGAAGGAAUGAAGGGAGACGUUUUAAGAGCGGGAGGUCAAAUGCGAGGAUCUUUCAGCAGAUGCUAUUAUUUAUAACAAGUCAUUAGAUAGCUCUUUUGUAAUAUUAUCGCAUUCCGGUUAUUAUCUAGAUCAUGUUCACCACCAGUAAAAUUCAAUUAAUUUCCCUUAAUAAUUAAAAGCCUCCCGAGUGACUGAUUGGCAUCUGCAAGAUGUGGGUUCGAGACCCAUACGGACGUCUUCCAUAAAAACAAAAAUUAUAUCUUUAAAAUUCAUUUUUCAAGCUGGUGGAAAUUUCAUAACGAUGAGACUAUUCACUCUAAAUUUAUAUCUUUAUUUUUUAUGCAUAUUUCUUAGUCUAAAUUGUUCCACAGGAGGUGGAUUUUUUCUUAACAAUUUUAAACCUAAAAUUUACGAGUUUAGCCUUUAGGGUUCCUUUAUGGAAACUCGUGUAAAAAUCGGAUACUUUUUGUUGACGAAUAACUGUAGAAAACCCAUCGCGAGAUCGAUGUAUAUAUGAAAAUGAUUCGAAUGACACUUGUAAAAUAUUUAUCGAUAAAUUCUAUUCUAAAUUUUGGUAACAUUGAUGGGAAUCAAGUAAAAAAAAAUUAAAAAAUUCUAUUGCAGUUCAUUUAUUUCAUGACAAACAACUUACAAAUUCACGCUUUGCAUGCUCAUAGUUAUAUAAAUUUAGAUUAAUCGUAUUUACAUAUAUAUAUGCAUUAAAAUCGGUUUACAUAUGUAUAUAUACAUUUGAAGCGAAAAUCCUCGAAGACUGGAAUAAGUCGUUUAGUCUGAUACAUUGUUGGCAUGAUUGUUAACCAUAGAUUUUGAUACGUCAAUUGAAUAUUUUAGGAAACAUCAACUGGUAGCUCAACAGUCCCCCAGGAAGUAUGCACUUGACGGAAUCAUGGCUGUCGUAUGAGAGUACAUAAGUCGAUGGAUUCACGUUCAGGUUAUUUAGAAUAUAAGCCACUGUCAAACUAUUAUUCACUGCCCAUUGAUCGAACGUCUAUCUGGCCCCAUCUCCCUUCCUCCCACUAUUCAACAGAGUUACAACAUUGUUCAUAAACUGUUGAAGAUGACGUACACAGGUGUAAAAUCCUAACCCAACUUUUAGAUUGAAUUUAGAUGAUUCGUACAUUCAACCCGACUCGGCAGAACCGAUUUCAGAAAUUGGUAAGUCAAUGUUAUUGAUGAACGACCGAAGGACCCUGAGGAUGGGAGAAAUGCUAUCUGGAGAUUACCGUAAUCGAGCACUUUUAAUUGAUGUUGCUCGGAUGUGAGAAUAAAAAUGAAAACAAUCAACGUUAAUGAGUCAAUAUUUUUUUUAUCGUCUCGAUAUAUUUUCAACGUUAUUUCAUUAUUACUUAGACUGUAUUGAGAUGGUUUGCGAUGACGACACAGUUGGCUUGAGUUAUUAAAUAAUUAAUAGUAAUUUUAAUGAGUCUCCGGAUGAAAGUUUCGUCACUAGCUGUUGUAUGAAAUUUUUUACUUCGCAAAAUCAUUGAAUAUGCGAUUGGAUCAGUCGUAUUACUUCUGUAGUUAUUUUUUACACGAAAUACUGAAGAUCAAGAAGUCAUUAUUCGAUAUUUAUUGUCCAAUUGUCAAAUGGAGAAGUUAAUAAAUUUCAUGCAUAAACUGGACGAGUGCAGGACGAAGGGUUUUCUCGUUUUCUAUUUAGAUCCUGGUUGCAAUUUUACGGAAUUUUUUUUAGUUUCUUUGUCCACGAACCCACAUGUAUUAUCAUCCACUCAGUUUUGCAUAACUUGACAUUAUUUUCAGGGGAUUAAUUAAUUUUUGUACUGAAAAUAAUGGAGUUAUUGUAGUUGCAAAGUACAUCACUGUAAAUUUAUAACGCAGUCCAGUCAUCAGGACGAAUUAUCCUGCUGGGGACAGAGAGAGGGAUGAACAUGGGGGAGUAACAGUGAACAACACUGCACAGGUCCUAAAUAGUUCUACGUGGUGAAUUAUCGGUGUUGAUUACUCCUAGCAAUGCAACCUUGGAGGGACUCUGUAUCAUUUGACGUAAUAAUAUAGGUGAUAACGAUUUAAUAAUGAGCAACGUGACGUGCUUUCUGCUCAUGUACAUGGCUAACAUUUUCGUCAUUAUAUUCUUUUUGUAAAUCGGAAGUGACUGGAUGAUCUUUUCCUGACCCUUCAAGGAAUAAAAAUCGAACGGAAAAAUGUUUAUUCCUUUCUCGUGUGCAUGAUAUCUUAGUUAUCGCUUCUUUAGACAUACGAUUAACGUUUCAUCGCUCUCCUGAUGAAAAAGUUACUGAAGUUGAUAAAUAAUUUUUAGCAGUGAACUGAAAAAAAUUGAAAAUUCCAAUUUUACGAGCUCCUGAUUAUUUAAUUAUUUUGAUUGCUAGCGAUUCUAAGAGAAAUUUCUUUCCCAAUUUGGCGGAAUGCGAAAGUUUCUCGGUAGUUUCACCCGAAUUUCAUUUUAUCGCAGAUAAUUUCAUAAUCAAAGGUAUGCUCACGUGUGAAAAAAUUUAAUAGAAAAAAAUUUUGGUAGUUUUUUGCGGAGAAAUAAUAGGGAAUGAUAUUUCCAAAUAACAAUUGCUCAGGAUCUUUUCUUAUAACAAUUAAUUCACAAUUUCUUUUUUUAUUUCAUAAUGAGAAAGACAUUAAAUUCCCCUAAAAAGACCUGGAAAGCAAUGACAUGAGUUUGGGAAAAUCAAAACCUAUUAAUUCGUAAAAUUCAAAGUAAACAGAACAAAAUAUUGCAAAUUUUUACGUAAAAAGAUGUUGCAAUAUUUUGCAAAAUUUUAAUAGAGGAGAAGAAAGCUUUAGGUUUUUCUAUUGAAUUUUCAUUUUGAUUUUCAUGUUUCAUCAAUUCACUGCUGAAAUGACAAAAGAUGAGAUAAUUAAGCGACUCCUUAAGUGGUGGUACAUGUAAAUAAUGAUCCAAUCAACGAAAUGUAUAUUAUGCCCCGACUAUUCGUCCAUAUUAGAGAAUAUUUCGAGACAUUGAAAUCUAAAUGACAACCUUAUGAUAAAAAUGCAACAAAGAAUGAACCAUAUGGAUGUUGAGUGGGUAUUUCUUUGUUGCGAUGUACAGCACAAUGGGUUUAUUAAAACUGAAAUUAUGUCAGACUAUUUUCGGUUGUAAUCGGUAAAUUACUGCUGAAAAUAAGUUGUCGAAAAAUAAAUAACUUGAAAGAAAAACAGAUUCGAUUGGAAAAUGAGGUAAACAGCGUAUAAUAAAGUGAGUGAUUGUUGUAACAAUUGAUGGACUUUUAUUCGCGUUUUUAUUUUGUCCAGGGUUCAGUAGAGAAAUAACGAGUAAAUAUAUUGAUAUGCGAGAAUUAUUCAUAAGUAUAUUAUUCAAAUGAAUGUCUAAUUCGAUUUAAAAUAUAUUUCCUAAAUCAUUAUUGUCCAUUCUCGUUUUAUAUGAAAAUCGAAUAAAGAAACACAAUGUCUUAUAUAUGUCAUAUUCACGUUAAUCAUGUGGCAAUGUAUCAUCCUCUGUACUUCGUUUCUUUAAUCAAUAAAGGGAAAAUAAAUUUUUCUUCCGUCACCUUUAACAAA